AUGUCCAGCGGCUCAACAGUAAAUAUGAAGCGGAAGCAACAAACUACCCUUAGCCAUUUAAAAAAAAAAAACAAGCCUGCUGCUGCCUCGGACGACACCCCAGCAGUCACUAGGACGUUAGAUGAAGAAGAGGGAACUACAGCGGAGCCUGAUGCCAGCAGUGUAUCGGGUUGUGCUAUUUGCAGCUCAACAAAAUCUACUGGCGUCUUAACAGAGAAAAGAAUUUCCAUAUCUGAGGAGUGGGCGAUGUUUAAGAUCCAGUCAUCAGGCUCAAGCAGACCAACAGCCCUGGCCUCCUUGAGAAACAAGAUCAGACGGCAUGAGAUGUCCAGGGCACACGAAAUAGCUCAGGAUCUCACUGAAAAGGGUGGACAGGAUUUACUUGGGAAUCUUGUGAGAGCUGUGUCAGACACUGUGUUAGCUGAGACAAAUGCUGUAUUCAGAACAGCAUAUUAUCUUGCCAAGAUGAACCGACCUUUCUCUGACCAUGACGAUCUCAUUGAGCUUCAGGAAAAAAACGGUGUCAACAUGGGCACAAGUCUGCACUCAAGGUUCAGUUCAACAAAAAUUGUGGAACACAUAGCAAAAAAGAUGCAGACAAAAAUAGUUGACAGCAUUGUGUCAUCUUCAAGCAAGCUGUCUGUUCUCAUUGAUGAGGCAACUUCUCUCAGCCAUAAAUCAGCCAUGAUUGUCAAUGUGAAGGCCUCUUUAGAUGGAGCUACUGAAUUUGUUUUUUUGGACCUGGUGGAGCUGGAAAGCCAGAGGGCAGAGUCCAUAGAGAAAGCUCUAUUAAACUGUUUGGACACUGCAGGCUUUAGUGAAGAGUGGCUUCAAAACAACUGGAUCUCAUUUGUUUCUGAUGGAGCCAGUGUUAUGUUAGGCAAAAACUCUGGUGUGGCAACCAGGCUGACUGCAAGGUACCCUAACCUCUUCACAUGGCACUGUAUGAACCACCGUCUAGAACUGGCUGUAAAUGAUGCUGUGGAUGAGGUUCAGGCAGUCAACCACUUCAAAGUUUUCAUGGACAAACUCCACAAUCUCUACAGUCAGUCCAAUAAAAAUUCACGGGAACUUAUGGAAGCAGCACAAGAAGUGGGCUCACAAGUCCUGAAGAUUGGCUGA